AUGCGCUGGCUGAUACUUGAAUGCCUUAUUGUGGGGUGUUUGGCUAUGUCUUUUGAACGGAGUGCGAGCAGGGAACAAUGCUAUCCUCUCGACGAGAAAACCAGUAUGUGUGUCCAGGCCCAUGCAAUUCCAUCAAAUUGCCUUGCAAUUGGGAAGGACGCUAUCGUGUGUGCGAAGACACGGUCCUUGCGGUAUAAAGAACCACCACUUAAAGAACCGCUUUAG